GAAACAAUUUAAAGGUUAGGGUCGCUUGACACAAGAUCAAAGCUUCAUGAUGUUCAUGAUCUUCUUGUUAUAAUAAUUUAGGUGGUAUUAUUUAUGUGCGGUUAUUAGUGUGGAUAUUUUGAAUAAUUUAGUGUCUUAAAAAAACAAAAUCCAGCUAUCUAGUAUGCAUAAUUGAUAGAAUACUUAUUGUCUUAUUGGAAAAACGUGCUGCCAUUAAAAAAAUAAAGAAGGUUUUAUCAUUCGAAAAAAAGUUGUUUAUGAUUGUUUAUGUGAUUAAUAAAAUUCGGAAAAAAUGGUAGUCACGGUAGCCUCUGUACGUCAACAAUUAGCAAAUUUGGCACAUUCUGGAGGUUCCCAUAAAGAUCAAGCUGACAAAUAUCGGGCUAUUUUAGAUGCAAUUAUUUCAUCAUCUGGUGAUGAGCUCGCAGAAACUUUAAAAGUUUUCAUUGAAGCAAUUGUAAAUGAAAAUGUCAGCUUGGUUAUUUCAAGACAAGUUCUUACGGAUGUGAGUAGUCGACUUUUAAAUCUACCCGAUGAGAUUUCGAAAGCAGUUUCACAUUAUACUUUAGAUAAGGUUCAACCGCGAGUGAUUUCUUUUGAAGAACAAGUAGCUAGUAUAAGACAACAUUUGGCCGAUAUUUAUGAACGCAACCAAAAUUGGCGAGAAGCUGCUAAUGUUCUCGUUGGCAUUCCUUUAGAAACUGGUCAAAAACAAUACACUGUAGACUAUAAACUUGAAACGUACCUCAAAAUUGCUCGACUUUAUUUAGAAGAUGAUGAUCCAGUUCAAGCCGAAGCGUUUAUAAACAGAGCAUCUCUUUUACAGGCCGAAUCAAAGAACGAACAAUUGCAAAUUUAUUACAAAGUUUGUUACGCUCGAGUCUUAGAUUAUAGAAGAAAAUUUAUUGAAGCUGCUCAGCGAUACAAUGAACUUUCCUAUCGUUCAAUUAUCCAUGAAGAUGAAAGGAUGACGGCAUUAAAAAAUGCUCUCAUUUGUACCGUCCUUGCGUCCGCAGGUCAGCAAAGAAGUCGUAUGCUGGCAACUCUUUUUAAAGAUGAACGAUGUCAAAAUUUACCUGCCUAUUCAAUUCUCGAGAAAAUGUAUUUAGAUCGAAUAAUUCGUCGCUCUGAGCUUCAGGAGUUUGAAGAAUUUUUACAACCACAUCAAAAAGCAUGUACGACAGAUGGACUUGGAUCAACAAUUCUCGAUCGUGCAGUAAUUGAACACAAUUUAUUGUCAGCCAGUAAACUCUAUAAUAAUAUUACAUUCGAAGAAUUGGGAGCGUUACUUGAAAUACCACCAACAAAAGCUGAAAAAAUUGCAAGUCAAAUGAUAACCGAAGGCAGAAUGAAUGGCUAUAUUGAUCAAAUUGACUCCAUAGUUAAUUUUGAAACUCGUGAAACUUUACCAACAUGGGACAAACACAUUCAGUCUCUUUGCUAUCAAGUAAAUCAGAUUAUUGAGAAGAUUGCUCAAACUGAACCAGAAUGGAUUGCAAAAGCCAUGGAUGAUCAGAUGGUGCACUAACUAUUAUUGAAAAUUAGAAAUAAUCUAAUCAGAGAUCCUUUUUUUUUUAUUUCUUUUUAUCUAAAUAAAAGUAUUAAGUUCGAAAAAGGCUAAAAAAAAAUAACAACUUUCUACUUUGAAAAGUAAUUGUAACUUUAGACUAUUGAUAUGAAAAAAAACAUACUAAUUUAAAAAAAGUAGCUUAUUUGAUUUUAAAAAAAAAUUGUCGAACACGGAAAUAUGUUUUUCUUUGUAAAUAAAUCACUACCACGCCAAAACUUAACAA